GAUUAGACAUGACAUCGACCAGAUAUUAAUGCCGUUAAACAUAUUAAUACAUAUGUGGCACUUCCACAUUAGCGGAACUACAUCUGGACAUAUCCAGCCCGGCGAAUCACGAUGGUGAGAUGAGAGGAAUUAGACAGAACCAACGGUAUAUAGCGUGACAGUCAUCGAUAGUCUCGCUGCCAGUUGACCCAGCUUGGAGAGGAAGGUCGCACAGACGACAGAGGGUGAGCAGACGACAGUUGCAAGCAGGCGUGAGCAGACAAGUAGAGCUAAAAUGGUGACCGGAGAAUUCUCCCGCUUUGAGCACUCAGUGGUCGGGAUUCUUUACAUGCUCUUUGGUAUUGUCGGGGAUCUCAACUUGAUGGUCAUUUUGACGUUCCUCAGAGAGAAGGCGUUGCUGAAAUCGUCGCGAGCAUGGUUACACAUCAGUCUUGCUCUUUCUAACAUCGGCGUCGUUGGGCCCUCUCCUUUUCCGGCAUCGUCAGCGUUCAGUGGCAAAUGGCUGUACGGAGAGACUGGAUGUCAGCUCUAUGCCUUCGAGGGGAUGAUGAUGGGUAUCGCUGCCAUUGGCAACGUCAUCGCUCUGUGCGUGGAACGCUACCUCGUCUCCACACGAAAAGAAGCCAUGGAGACCAGUCCUGGUGGGUUCUACUGGCUGUCGACAGCUGCUGUGUGGCUCAACGCUUUCUUCUGGGCCAUCAUGCCAGUCCUUGGCUGGAGCAAGUACGUCCACGAGCCAACUGGAUCAUCCUGCGCCAUCAACUGGAGGGAUGCUGACGAGGGCUAUCCAUCCUACAUGAUAAUGCUGUGCAUAUUCAGUUUCGGGCUGCCCCUGUUCAUGGCCCUUUCAAGUCUGUGGGCCUCCGCGGAUAGUGGCACGACUAUUCAGGUCUCUACUGCAUCGUCCAGCCAUGUUGACGCGUUCACUGGAUUCAGGGAGGACCAGUUGAAAUGGCUGUGCUACUCCCACCUGCUCUUCACCGUCAUUGGCUGGGGACCAUUUGCCUUCCUGUGUCUGUGGGCGUUGUUCAGCGCCCCAGUCCAAGUCUCCAUGAUCGCUGCCUGCAUCCCUCCCCUCGCCUGCAAGUCCAUGGUACUCAUGUACCCCUUCUCCUACAUCGUGGUCAACGAACGUUUCCGGAACUCCUUCUUCAGCAUCUUCUCCCUCACCGGCUCCACUGCUCCGAAGAAGGACUAGCCUGUGGUAUAUCAACAACUUGCCCAUGGAACGACCAAAGAUAACUCUAAGACCCUUUUCGCGAACACCUGGUGUUAUUUCUGAUUUUCUAUGAUCAGCUCAUGUAAUUUUCAUCACUGUUUUGCCUUAUACGCCAAAUGGAAACUGUUUUGGUAGACAAUCGAGACUGGUUGCCCUCUGGGGUGGACAGGUUUGGACUUGAAGAUCUUGAGAAAAAGCAUAAAGAGAGGGGCGUGUGUAUUGUCAGCAGCCUAUCCCGAAAUAUGGCAUUCCUCGCGGAGCUAUUCUAACUUCCGCUAAAGGUUACCGAUCGAGAUUAUUUAUUUGGUUGAGGCAGGGUGAGUGGGCAUUUGUUUCCAUGGAGAUCGAAUGUAGGGAAACUUGCUAUGUGAUCAGAAGCUGGGCUUUGGACUGCGCUUUACAAGCAGACCAAGCUGCAUCCACAUAUUAGGACGUAUAGUUUAUUACCACGAAACUGCGAAUGGUACAAUACUGCACUGUUUAAAUAUCAUACAGUUCAUAUAUGUAUCAUUACAUCGAUGUGUCAAAGAAGAAUUUCAAAGGUGCUUCGUUUACCAUCUGAGAAGAGAUCGUAUUUACUCACACCUUCUCAUCCGAUUAAAUCGGUCAAUGUCUGGUUCAAAACAUCCUGUUGAGAUCUGUUUUGGGGGAGUAGAGGUUAUAUAUAGAGAUAUCUCUGGUCGAACUCACUGAUGGAAAUAACGGUACUUAUUCCUAUGUUUCUCUGUGAAAGGUAUACCCUUACGUUUAACGUUAAGGCUUUGUAUGUUUUAAUGUACUAGCGGUGUUUUCACGGUGUCUUGUUAAUGGAUGUGUUUGUUAACUAUGUGUAUCAAUGAUCCAGUGGGAAAAGCAACACUGGGAUACGUUUGCCAGUUUCUCUCAGGUUGUCUUUCAAAGUAAACUUACGCAUUUAGUGAACGCAUUUGUGUAUAGCGCUGAUUCAUCUCCCUGCGCAAUUCAGCCGCUUGAUAUAGCUGGAAUAUAGUGGCUGCACCAUUCUCUCACUCUGCGCAUUUGUAGCCGUAAUACUAAAUAAAAGUAGCAUUGCUUGUAUUUUAUUGACGAAGAAGGGGUGUAUUUCCUAUGUACCUGAUGUGUUAUGGAUGUUUGACGAUUGACCGGUUCUGUAUUAAAUCUUAAGCUGUGUUUCUGUUGUGUAGUUAUGUGUUUAUGGUGUGUGAUGGAUGUGAGAGUGUUGUCGUGGCUUUUGUUGACAGUUCUGCAAUAAAAAUAUGAGAAUAA